UGUGCUCAGCAGCCAUAUUCCGCCCGACACAACCACGGCCGCCGGGGAUAGUGGCGCCUCCACACUGCUGCUCCGAACACCAUAGAGCCGACACCACACGCAUGCCGGCAUCAACCUCUCGCGCUUGUUGUCAUCUGUGAUCGGUCCUCGUGCUUGCUUGCGGGGGGGCGUCGUGGCUGGUGGCGGCGGCGUUGGUGCCGGUAGACCUCCCAGCCAGUGAGUGACACGCACACUCACUCGACUCUCCUCGCGGUCGGGAGCCGAGGCGUGAGACCGUCUUUCCCCUCGCAGACGAUACGUGGACCCCUCGGAUUGCAUGAUAAGAACUUAUGCCUAGUUAUAAUCCCAAUAUAACUGUAACUUAAAGGCGAGAAAAACAUGCAAGUUCGCGGAGGAAGCAGCAUUACCGUCAUGCGUUCGUGAAGCCGCUCUCAGCUUCUCCCGAACGAUGGGGACCGCGUGCAGCUGCGCCCGCGACGCCUCGGACGAGUGUGCUCGCGCGGACAAGACCAAUGGCCACGUGCCUGACCAGGACGGCGACGGCGACGGCGGCGGUGGCCAGCGCAACGGCCCGCUGCACACGGCCGAGCACGCCACGCAGACCGGCCGCAAGAACGGCGCCAUCCCCAAGAUCUCCAUCGGCGCGAGCUCGGUGGACGGCCACAGCGGCUACGACGAGGAGGAGGGAGGCCUACGCCCCAUGGUCUCGCCCGCCCUCACGACCUCGGCCACCCCGCCCUUGACCUCCCCCGCCCUCGCUACGCCCCCUUACAACUCCCCCGCACUCACCACGCCCUCGAUGACCCCGUCUGCGUUUGUGACGUCACCUUUGACCUCGCCUCCGGCCUCCUCCCUGAGAGCGGAUAGUGGCGUAGAUCAAGGCAGGUGUGACGAAGAAUUGGAAAUCAUGGCGACAGAGCUAGCAUCCUUAGUGAACCGACUGGAGACCGCCGUAGCGAGGUUGGAGAAGGUGGGCCUCUCCGCGCCAGCAGGAGGCUCGCCAGCAGCGCCAGCAGGAGGUGCCCCUGAACCCGCUCAGCAGGAAGGUAAGUGGCUGAAAAAAACUCGACUCGUUCGCUCUUGUAAAGGGGGGGGGGGGUGAUACGAAAUCCUUGGU